AGAAGACAUUUAGAGUUGCAAGGCUUCAUCAAUAAAUUUCUAAACACCUUAUUAUUCUGAUUAAUUAAGUGCAAAACACAUUUGAGCUGAGCAUGGAGAAGCAUUUAUCUUGUUCUAAGUUGGCUAUCUUAGCAAUUUUUUUGCUGGCAAUUUCAGCUUCUGCAAUAGGCAACCUGCAACAGGUUAGUGGGACAAAGUUGAAUGAUGGUGUUACGAAAACCAUAAUACAAGAACUUGAAAAGGAGCAAAUUAUUGAUGCUUAUUACAAUUUAAAGCCAGAAAUGGCAAGGGAACUUGGCUUGGAGACACUCAAGUGUGCAUCGCAAGGCCAAGCAUGUGCUUUUUGGAAUCCUUGUUGUAAUGAAGGUGUUUGCUUCCCUGGACCCGUUGGCGUUUGCAUCUGAUAAUUAGAUCGAUCGUGUGAAUGUCACGUCUCUACGACUCAUUAUCGUACGUGUGCCUAGUUCCUGAUUGUGUUCGUGUUCGUGUUCUUGUUUGUGUUUGUGGAGUCUGUCAUGUUAAGAGGGUCGGCGCUCAUCUGAUUGCUAAGGAAUAAGGAUCAGAUGAUGAUGAUUUCGUAUCUAUAUAUGUACUUUCCUUUGAUGUUUAUAAAUAAAACCCCAAAUUGUUUUACCGUUUUCUUGUGAAAUGAUAAAGGUUACAACUUGCGACAACAAAAA